AUGAGGUUUGCCAGAAGCGGUUGGCAAUUGGCACUGCUGCUGGCGUCCGUUGGCCUGGUGAGUUCUGGAAACGGGAACGGUCAAGGGAGACGUGGGGGAGGCGAAAGGCGGAAGAAGCUUCACCGCGUGCAGCACGGUCAAUGCAGCUACACCUUCAUCCUUCCGGAGAUGGAGAGCUGUCAGGGUGGAACGGAGCAGAUGAGCGGGACCAGCAUGGUUCAGAGGGACUCCCCGCCGGCCGAUGGCGAGUGGUCCAAUCAGAAGCUGCAGCAUCUGGAGUCGGCCAUGGAAAACAACACACAGUGGCUGCAGAAGUUAGAAAACUACAUCCAUCAGAAGACAGGGAUGGUGCAUUUUCAAGCUGAUGCAGUCCAUAACCAGACUGCCACUAUGCUGGAGAUCGGCACCAACCUGCUCACCCAAACCGCAGAGCAAACAAGGAAACUCAAUGUCGUUGAAGCCAAGGUUAUGAACCAGACAUCAAGAAUUGCAAUUCAGUUAUUAGAGAAUUCAUUGUCAACAAACAAACUGGAGAAGGAACUCUUAACACAGAUUUCAGAAAUCUCCAAACUUCAAGACAAGAACAGUCAUUUGGAGAGUAAAGUCUUGGUCUUGGAGUCACAGCAGAGGACAGAGCUGGAGGACAUGAGGGAGGAGAAGGAGCGCCUGCAGGACCUGGUGAAAAGACAGACAGUUGCCAUUACGGCUCUGGAGAGACAGCUGAGUGCGGCCAGCAGCAACAACUCAGUUUUACAGAGACAACAUCAGCAGCUCAUGAAGUCCGUACACACACUUAUCGGCAUGGUGUCUUCUGGUACAGGCAUCUCAUCAAAUGAGCAGCACUUCAGAGACUGUGCCGAGGCCUAUAAAUCCGGUCACAACACCAGCGGAGUCUACCACAUUUACAUCGGAGACACGACCGAGCCAACCAAGGUCUAUUGUGAUAUGGUGACAAGCGGAGGUGGCUGGACGGUAUUCCAGCACAGAUACAACGGAAAUGUGAACUUCCAGAAAGGGUGGAAAGACUACAAACUGGGAUUCGGUGAUCUUAGUGGAGAGCACUGGCUGGGUAAUGAGGCUGUUCACCUGAUCACCAGUCAAGCCCAGUACUCCCUCCGAGUGGAACUUAAGGACUGGGAGGAGAAUGGCGCCUAUGCUCUGUAUGACAAAUUCCAGCUCGCCGGUGAAAAACAACAGUACAGACUCUCGCUAGGAAGCUAUAGCGGAACAGCAGGACAGCAAAGUAGCUUAGCAUCAAACGGCACAGGCUUCAGCACUCGCGACGCUGACAACGACAAGUGUGUUUGCAAGUGUGCCCUAAUGAUGACCGGAGGCUGGUGGUUUGAUGCUUGCGGUCUGUCCAACCUCAACGGAAUCUACUACACCGUGGGUCACAAUAUCCGCAAGCUCAAUGGGAUUAAGUGGCAUCACUUCCGUGGACCCAGCUAUUCACUCCGGUCCACUUCCAUGAUGAUCCGUCCAGCUGAUUUCUGACGUGAAUAAAUUAGCAUUGCCGCAAGCUUGUCAUAUUGAUAAUGAAAGGACAUAAAGUGCUUGCCUUGGGACAUAGAUGCAACAAGGUGGAGACAAAUAAAGAUGUAAUUUAAUGGAUGAACGGCGAUGUUUCACUACAGAGAGCAGGAGUGGACAAAAACUAUCAGCCUGAAUAUUUGGUUUCAUUACUGUGCCACCAUAUUCUUUUUUACACAUUUAAACAUGCUUCACCUUUACACCUACUUUUGUCUUUCACCUUUACACCAACUUUUUGAGUUCAUGUGUGGCUUAAAACCUGAAACUCUCUCCCAAAAUUGUGGCAUGAUGUAAUUCCAAAGGAAAACAUUUCAAACCUAAUGAGUCUGAUUCCAGAACUGUUCUGGAUGUUCAAGAGGAAUAACUUUAAUUUCUAAGAUGUGCUAUUUUGUAAAAGAUAAUAGCUAUUAACAAUUUAGUGAGACAGAUGACUAGUUCCACUACCAUUCGGAAACUUGAGGUUGGUAAGAUUUUUAGUCUCUUAUAGUCACCAAGGCUGCAUUUAUUUGAUCAAAAAUACAGUAUUAUAAU